CUCAACCUUCCACAUUGGGCAGACCCGGUGCCGCCCGCCGCCUUGAAUGAUCGUCACGCCCAAGAUGCCGCUGGAGAAGAGGCUCCGGAUACGAACUACCGUCGACGAAGACAAGAUGGAGUCUCCGCAUCCCCGCAUGAUCGUGGAAAACAUGCUCGUGUCAUCGCCGUCGGCUACCCGUCGGCGGACAGAUGCUGGCCCGCCGCCGCAAGCUUUCGGGUGUCUCUUCUCGUCCGUCCUGUGCGACGAGAAUCUGUUUGAAAGCAUAAUGGAGUUUUGCCCGGGCGUGAGACUGAAAAACUGGACGAACGCGAUCAUGGCCGCUCGCGCCGGACACCUAUACAUCCUCCAACAACGCGAAAAAUUCCUCAAAUACAACUCGUACAUCUUCAGCGAAGCCAGCGCCAACGGACACCUCCACAUCGUUCGAUGGUGCCACGAAAACAACAAGCCUGGGUGCACGACUGACGCGAUGGACUACGCCGCUGGCGCUGGCCACCUCGACGUCGUCAAGUACCUCCAUGCUAACCGAUCGGAGGGUUCCACAAGGCGUGCGAUAGACUUUGCCGCGCUUCGGGGCCACCUUCAUUUGAUUCAGUGGCUCCAUGCGAAUCGACGGGGUGUGUGUUCGUCGGAAGCGAUGAAUUCAGCUGCCUUUAGCGGCCACUUGGACAUCGUGGUGUGGCUGCACAAGCACCGCAAGUCCUGCACAGUCGACGCCAUGGACUCGGCCGCGGGAAACGGCCAUCUCGAUGUGGUGCAGUUCCUUCAUAGCGAGCGACGCGAAGGAUGCACGACGAAAGCGAUGGACUUUGCCGCCAAGAACGGACACCUGCACGUGGUCAAAUGGUUGUCGUCCCACCGAAAGGAAGGAUGCACGACCAAGGCGAUGGACUAUGCGGCGCAGAAUGGCCACCUCCACGUGAUUGAGUGGCUGCAUCGCAAUCGACGUGAAGGGUGUACGACGAAAGCAAUGGACUGGGCGGCAGGCGCGGGCAACUUGAAAGUGUUUCAGUGGCUCCAUGUCCACCGCAACGAGGGGUGUACGAUCAACGGAGUCGCGGAAGCCUUCAAGCAAAACCAUCGAGACGUGAUGGAGUUCAUUCAAAACAACGGUAUUUAUCACGGCAUGCAUCCGCUUUUGUAAACAGUAUAAGUGUAAAUACAUGCAAGAUGUUGCCGACUAGACAAAACAACAAGAAGAAAUAUGUGCCGCCGUCAAAUCCUUCGUCGUAUCCUCCAUACGAGCUGGCGCCACCCAGACCCUCGCGACCACCCCCGUACACGCCUCGUCCGACCUGACGGUGUCCGUCGUCGUCCCCACCGCCCCACUUGUCGUGCCCGUUGUCGUCCGCACCGCCCCAUUUGUCGUGCCCGUCGUCGUGGGACAGCGCCACCUUGGAUUCGUCGGCUGGCACGGACGCCGUCGUGGUCUCGGCAGCGCGGAGCGUGGGUUGCUGGCCACUCACAACGGCAGCACCCAGAGCAGCGAGAGCGACGACCUUCAUCGCGACAAUUGCAACAAUGGCGUUCGAGCUGCGCGCGGCCCGCUGAGAUUGAUGGGUCUCGGACGCCAGAGACCAGUCGCACGCGACGGCGCUCUCACCAGUCUGUCCGCCGGUUGCACGACAGGUCGUGUGCCUCGUCUGCGGGUGCCCUCGAAGCUCGUACACGACGCGCCUCGUUCAAGUGCAUCGCGCCACACAAGGCUUGCCGUCGGACAACGGCUGUCCGGCGGCCGAGAACUACCUUGCGCGGCC